AUGCUGGGCCCGCUGUGUCUGACCCUCUUCUUGGUUGGGUGCACCACUGCUGGAACCCCAGCGCCCCUGUCUGAGGAUGUGCUGGUGGGCAUCGUGGGGGGCCACAGCGCCCCCCAGGGGAAGUGGCCGUGGCAGGUCAGCCUGAGGAUCUACAGCUACUACUGGGCCUCCUGGGUGCACAUCUGUGGGGGCUCCAUCAUUCACCCACAGUGGGUGCUGACCGCUGCCCACUGCAUCCACCAGAGAGAUGCUGACCCUGCAUCCUUUCGGAUCCACGCUGGGGAUGUGUACCUCUACGGGGGCAAGGAACUGCUGAGAGUGAGCCAGGUCAUCGUCCACCAGGACUAUGUGCAUGCUGGCCUGGGCUCAGACGUGGCUCUGCUCCGGUUGGCAGAACCUGUGCAGUCCUCUGCUAAUGUCAAGCCUGUCAAGCUGUCCUCUGGGUCUCUUGAGGUCACCCAGAAGGAUGUGUGCUGGGUGACCGGCUGGGGCACAGUGAGCAUGUACAGAUCACUGCCCCCUCCCUACCGCCUGCAGCAGGUGCAGGUGAAGAUCGUGGACAACGACCUUUGUGAGGAGCUGUACCAUAACGCCUCCAGGCACCACAAUCGUGGCCAGAGACUGAUCCUACAGGACAUGUUAUGCGCAGGCAGUGAAGGCCGAGACUCCUGCUAUGGUGACUCAGGUGGUCCCCUGGUCUGCAGGGUGGCAGGCUCCUGGAACUUGGUGGGAGUGGUGAGCUGGGGCUAUGGCUGUGCCCUGAGGGACAUCCCUGGGGUCUACGCACGUGUGCAGUCCUUCCUACCCUGGAUCACUCGGCAGAUGCAGAGGUUCUCCUGAGCCCAGCUGCUGGCCUCAUGCUGGUCAGCUGAGGAUGGGUCGUCUUUGAUCACAAUUCCAGGGUUUAGGCUCUGGAGUGUUGGUGCCCAGUGCACUGAGCACUAGCUACUGAAGGACAUGGCUCUGUUUCCUGGCUUCCUAAAUAAAGAUGUGAUGCACA